UUACUAUCCAAGCAACCGUGUCAUGUUGUUUGACUUUUGUAAAUUGUGAAAGAAAUAGAUUGUUCAACUCAUAAAAAAUGCAGUCCGUCGCGGGAAACAUUCAAACGGCGAAAAAAAAUUGUCUUUCCCAGAAUUAUCCCUUUCGUGUAGAUCCCGAAGAACCGGAACAACAGGAGUGCGUUGAUCUGCCGGAGACAGAAUAUGACAGCAAUUUUGUUUGUCGUAGAUUUGUUAACAAACCGAAAUCGGAACGGGAUUUGUGGCGCGAACAGUUUCGCUUGAAGGCAACAGAGAAAAUUUUAAAACAAGCACAGGAGCAGUAUGAAACUAUUCAUCGACAGGAGCAGGAACGUAUGCCGCUGAGGAAGCAACCGGACUAUUACAUGAGCCGGGACACAAGUGACGAUCCACAGUAUAACCUUUACAAAACGGACGAUAUGACAACUUUCUGGAGCUAUCGUAUGAGACCCAAUACGUGUAGAAGAAGGAACACAAAUUUUACGAAACCCAUCAGUGAGCAACUAAAUUAUCAGUUUGGAUGAUUUUUUAGCUUUUGGUCGAACUUUUCUUUUUUUACUUAAACAACAAUUAAACAAAGGCAUCGAAUCGUGUAUCGUUAUUCUUAUUAUUCAUUCAUGGCCUUCUGGAUUACGAGAAAUGUUAUAACCUGCUAGAUGUAAAUAUUCCGUAUCCUAGACACAGUUCUCACUUCCACUUCCACUUUUAUGUCACUCUCAUAUCGGCCCUUCGCCCUUAUUCUGAAUAACGUCGUAUCGUUUUUUCCCUCGUAUUUCAUUUGUAUUCCCCAUAACGCUAGCAAAAUCAAAGGUAGCUAUGAUUCGAUCGAACCACAUUCGAUCGAAAAAUCAAUACGUCGUUAUUCAGAAUAAGGGCGCUUAUUACCGUUCUCACUUCCCCUUCCACUUUCACAUCACUUCACUUGAUUUGACCUAUUACUAGUAUCACGCAUAGUGAAAUGAGCACUGUAGUGGCUCUUGUAAAAAGUUAAUGAUUCUUGUAUUGAAUCCGUAUCCGGUUUCUGCUCUCAAUGUUUUUGAGUGAUGUAAUUGAUUUAUGGACAAUAUUUAAAAAUUGAUGACUCGAAGAGCAAACGUAAAAAUAGGCAAAACGGUGUUUGCAUCUAACACAAACUUUAGGGAUUUAACCCCUAAAUAACCUCAACCUGUACGGCCAUUGAGCCGAAACUUGUUUCGUUCGAGACAUCAGUUUAGAAAUCCCACUCAGAUGCAACCGUGCAGUUUUUUACAAAUAGCGGUUUAUAUUAAAAAAAAGAUGUGGAAACAAGUAAAGGAAAACAAUUAUAUACAAACGAUUGUGACGAUGUUGUGAGUUGACGAUUAGGCUUUUUCAU